AUGGCCGCAAUUGCACCUGCAGUACAAAAUCCUAAUUCAAGUUCUUUUCCAAAUAGUGAAAGAACGUGUGCUGGUGUGUUGAAUGAAGUGAAAAAGGAAGAUAUGUCUAAUGACGAAGAUAUUCCACUGUCGCAGAAGGCACGAAUGGUUAUAGAUGACGAUGAUAUACCGCUUGCCAAAAAGUUGAAAACAAUGAAAGAUCCACCUGAUGAUGAUGAUGUACCAUUGUCAGAAAAGGCUAAGCCACAGAAAAGAUUAUCCGAGGUGAUGGGUACUGCAUCGAGUAGUCGAAUUAAAAAGCCAUUGUCAUCAUCCGCCCUUUCGUCGACAAAAAAAAUGCUUAAAACAGAACUGGAAAGUGAUGAUGAUGUACCAUUGAGCGUGCGAGCUGCUACAUUGACCAAAAAAAGGAAAAAAAGUGAAUCAUAUGAUGAAGAUUAUAAACUGGAGAAGAAAAAAGAAAAACGGAAAAAUUCAAGUGAAAGAAAAAAAGCUUCAACUUCGAAUUCUGAGAAAAUCCAUAUAAAGAAUGAAAAAGCCAAUGGCAUUGCAUCGAAUAAACGGAAAAGACGGGAGGAAGACGAGGAGGAAGUUUGGAAAUGGUGGGAAGAGGAAAAGAAACCGAGUGGCAUCAAGUGGUAUAGUUUGUCCCAUAAAGGACCCAUUUUUGCCCCGCCCUAUGUAUCACUUCCUGAAUCGAUUCACUUCAAAUACGAUGGGAAGGUGAUGAAAUUGGCACCACUGACGGAGGAAGUUGCGUCUUUUUACGCUAAGAUAUUGGAACAUGAGUACACAACAAAGGAUAUUUUUAAUAAAAAUUUCUUUACGGACUGGAGGAAGGUAAUGACUCCUGCAGAACGCGAAAAGAUUACGGAUUUGACGAAAUGUGAUUUCCGAGAAAUGCAUGACCAUUACAUAAAAUUAAGGGAAGAGCGAAGAUCUUUAAGUAAGGAAGAGAAGCAAAAACUUAAGGAGAUUAAGCAAGAGGAAGCUAAAAUUUAUGGUGUUGCUUACAUUGAUGGACAUAAACAGAAGAUAGGAAACUUUCGAAUUGAACCGCCAGACUUGUUUCGCGGACGUGGUGGUCAUCCCAAAAUGGGUCGUUUAAAGAAACGAGUCAAUCCAGAAGAUGUGAUUAUUAAUUGUUCAAAGGAUUCAGAAAUACCAAAACCUCCGGAAGGUCAUCGUUGGAAAGAGGUGCGUCAUGAUAAUACAGUGACAUGGCUGUGUUCAUGGACCGAUAAUAUCUUAGGUUCCAUCAAAUAUAUUAUGCUAAAUCCAUCGUCGAAGAUUAAGGGUGAGAAAGACUACGAAAAAUUUGAAACAGCAAGGCGAUUAAAGGAUAUUGUUGGAAGUAUCAGGGAAAAUUAUACAAAAGACUUGAAAAGCAAGGAGAUGCGUGUACGACAACGAGCAGUGGCACUUUAUUUCAUUGAUAAAUUAGCGCUUCGUGCGGGUAAUGAGAAAGAUGUGGAUGAAGCGGCAGAUACUGUUGGUUGUUGCUCAUUGCGUUGUGAACACAUUCAACUUCAUGAGAAAUUGGAUGAUAAUGAUUACGUGGUUGAAUUUGACUUUCUUGGUAAAGACAGUAUUCGGUAUUACAACAAAGUUCCUGUGGAGAAGCGUGUUUUUAAAAAUCUGAAACUUUUUAUGGAAAAUAAAAGUGGUAGCGAUGAUCUUUUCGAUCGCCUUGAUACUGCAUCGCUAAAUAAAUAUUUACAAAGCUUGAUGCCAGGAUUGACUGCCAAAGUUUUUCGUACAUAUAACGCAUCGAUUACACUACAACAGCAACUCGACAAAUUGACCAAAGAUGAUUCAACGGCGCCUGAACUACUACUUUGUUAUAACAGAGCGAAUCGUCAAGUUGCAAUUUUAUGUAAUCACCAACGUGCUGUGCCAAAAAGUCAUGAAAAAAGCAUGGAAAAUUUGAAAGCAAAAAUAAAGGCAAAGAAAACGGAGCUGAAAGAAGCUAAGGAAGAGCUAGAAAAGGCACAUUCUGAUACAGCUAAACAACGUGCAACCAAACGUGUCGAUCGAGUCAAAGAGCAGUUGAGGAAAUUGAAAAUCCAGCGUACCGAUAAGGAUGAAAAUAAGCAAAUUGCUCUUUCGACAUCGAAACUGAAUUAUUUGGACCCGCGGAUAUCAGUUGCCUGGUGUAAAAAAUAUCAAGUACCAAUUGAAAAAAUUUUCAACAAGACACAGCGUGAAAAAUUUCGUUGGGCAAUUGAUAUGGCCGACGAAAAUUAUGUUUUCUAA